AUGAUGGUCCAUAAGAGCACCAACGGCAAGAUCAACCACAAGGAAGAAAAUGAACGAAUGAUCCGCUUGGAUGACGCCGUCGACGAGCCGAUGGAUGGUGAUGAUGAGAAGGAUACUUUGACCAGCAAUCAUCAUCACUCUCUUCCGGAGCAUCACAUUCCUUUUCCAGCAGCCGAAGAUCACAAGCCAUGGCACUUUAUUAUUUCCACCAAGAAAUACAUCCACACGACGUUGACUGCCGUAUUGGCAUUGUCUCUGGUGCUGGUCUUGGGGAUUGGUCAGUCUUCGUCGUCGUCGAGAGCAUCUUCCAGUGCUGCUGCUAUCGUUGCGGACAGUACAGCUGGCUCUGGCGGCAAGAUACCCUGGGCACCUCUUCCCGAUUUCUCCCAACCCAUUUCUCGCGUGGCAUUUGGUAGUUGCAUGAAGGAAGACAUGCCCAUGCCCUUUUGGGAUACGCUGCUCGAGUUCCAUCCAGAUGUUACCAUUUUGGGAGGAGAUCAAGUUUACACGCAAGAACAAGAUGCCUGCUCUGGACAAGGAAAUUGCACUCUGUUAAAGCAAGCGUACGAUCAACUAAACAAUCACCCCUCCUUUCAAGGAGCCAAGCAGCGGCUUCCAAUGCUUGGCAUGCUCGAUGAUCAUGACUAUGGUCUCAAUGAUUGCUAUGCCGACAAUCCCUACAAGGAUAUUGCCAAGGAUCUAUACUUUGACUUUAUGGAUAUUCCCCAAGAUGACGAACGACGUUUUCGCGACAAUGAAGGACUCUACACCAGUUAUGAAUGGGGAUCGGGUGAUCAGAUUCUCCAACUCAUCCUGCUCGACACGCGCUAUUCUCGUUCGGAAUUCCUCUACGACGAUGAGAAAUGGGCAUACACACCCUACGGGCAUGACCAAGAUCACGGCAAACAGUUCCUCAGUCCAGCGCAAUGGGAAUGGUUCGAACAAGUCUUGCAACGACCGGCCAAUGUCCGUCUCAUUCUCUCCACCCAACAGGUAUUGACACAGGGUGAAUGGGGAUUUGAACAUUGGAGUCUCAUUCCGCGAGAACUCCGCAAACUCGUGCGUCUCUUGAAAAAGUACUGCAAACACGUCAAGAAUCCGUCCUUGCCGGUUCUGCUGUCGGGAGAUCGACACAUUGGUGCCCUCUACAAUGAUCCGGCGCUUUGGGACGAACUCUACGAAGUGACAGCCUCGAGCUGGACGCAUACUAUUCCCGAUGGCUGGGAUCCCGAUGGUGUCAAGUGUUCGACGUAUCCCAAUCCGGCCGUUGAUUGCAUCGAACAGGAUCCCACUCGUAUCGGCGACUGGGUGGGUGUCAAUCAUUUUGGAAUGGUCGACGUCGAUUGGCAAGAUCGGACCGUUCAUCUAACUUUGGUGCGAGCCGAAACGUCUCAUGCCUAUUAUGUCAAACAAAAGUGGCAGUACAAUACCGAUGCGGGGCAAGUGCUCAAGUCGCUGUCCUUGGAUAUUCCCUAA